CUGACCAGUGGGGGCGCUGUAGACACAUUGGGCGUAUCAUCUAAACCGUCAGCCAUCUGCCGCAGUCAGUUAGCUAGCUCCAGCGGGAAUGGAAAAUGGAGGACUGACCGACAUGCGAGGGCAAAUCGUCGGUAUUUCUAGCGCGUAGAUCCUUUAACCUUUUACCAAGACAGAUGAUUACUUGUGCAAGGCCUUUGUUUUGUUUGAAGACCAACUCUCUUACUCAUCAGUGCUGAAGUGCAGACAUUCUGUUUGAAAGUAGUGAUUGACUCCAUCAUCUAUGGAGGAGAAUGCAAGCCCUGAGCUCUCUCUAGCUCCUGAGCCAGAGCAGAGCCAGGACCGUAUGGAUAGCUGCUCUCAAGGUUUUGGAGAAGGGAAUACAGAGCAGAAAGAACGGUUUCAAACCGAAAGCGAGAAUGUGGCCGAAGAGACACUAGAGGAGCCAGAUACAUCUUCCAAGGCCAACAGUGAAGUUAAAAAGACUUGGAGUUUUCGACGGUCCACUGUUGCAAAGAGAGAGAUGCCAGUGGAGGCAGCAACCGACAGUCCUGAUAACCGCUGUCCUGUACGUCGCAGUGGCAGGCAAUCUAAGCGUACUGACAAACUAGAAGAAUUCCUCUUGACUGCCAAAAGAGGGUCAAGAAAGAGCGCCCCACCUAGUCUGGAAAGCGGAGAUCCUCCUUCCCAAACCCCAACUGAUGAGACUGCCUCAGAGGCCAGCUUUGAUGGUAACGCUGACACCAAGGCCGUAGAGGACAAGGUAGAGUCCCCAGAGAGAAGGACUAGAAGUGGUGCAAGGAAACCUACCCAAAGGAAAAGUCGAGGUGGCAGACAGGCUCGAGGACGCGUUGGCGUGACAGUUAAAGAUGAGGGAAGCUCUGAGAAUGAGGAGGACAGCAGAGACGCUGCCAAGAAUGACCAGUUACCAGAUAAAAAUGAGGAGAAAAAAGAUGAGAGUUAUCCCCGCCCUGAAGAUGUAGCUUGCACUAAUACAGUACAGCCUCAGCCAGAGCAGGACUCGGAGAGGAAAGAGGUUCUUGAUGAGAAGAAUAAACCUGGAGAUGAAAAUGACAAGGUGGAAUCGGAGAAGGAGACUGAUAAAGAGACUGACGAGGAUAGCACAGAGUCAGACAAGCCUGCAGCAAUGUUGGUAAAACGUGGACCAAUAAGAACAUACAUCAAUAAAAAGAGGGCAGCCAGUAAGAACACUACCCCUGUUAAAGGUCCUGCUCCUGCCAACAAGAUCACUACUGUCAAGAGGGAGGCCAAACCUAAAGCUACCCAAGCUUCUGAAUGACACACA